AUGACCUCCCUCCCGCCAGCAACACUAGUAAUAAUAGACCUAACCCACCGCUUCUCGCCGUCGCAUCUCCUGCCUGCGUUAAGCGUAGAGGAGUUACGACAUAUCCAUGUGUUCCGGGCUACGAAAGGGAAUUUGGCGGCUACGGUUGCGGAGGUGGAGCGAUAUAUGGUUGGGGGGAGGCAUGGGAGUGGGUGGAGGGUUUGGAGGGGGAGUGUGGUUUUAGGGGGGAGUGUGCCGGCUGGGGGACUGGGGGAUGGGUUGUUGGUUAGUACGGGGUGGAGGGGGUGGUUGAGGGUUGAGAGGGAGGAGGUGGGUGGGUUUGGGUUGGGGGGGAGUGUGGAGGAGGCUUGGGGGGGAGAGGGGAGAGAGAUGGAGAGUUAG